AUGAAGGAUGAAGAAGAGUUUUCUUUAGAGUGGAUUGGCACACAAGACGUUUAUGAAGCAUUGCGUCUUGAAACUAUCAAACGCGUGUACUCCUACAAAGUGACCCAUCGCACUCUCGGGAAAGAAAAGGUACCCAUCUGCAUUGAGCUCAACAAGCCGCCAUUGGACCCAGCCUUCGUCGAAGAGAUGAAAGAAUUUCGGUAUGCUCUACUUCUGUCAAAAGUCAAGACAGAGUUAGAACGUACUCAUCAGAACGAUCCGACAUGCAAUGUCAGCGGAUUAAAAGAUGACGAAGGAAGGGAAAUUGAUCACGAAGACGAAAGAGUCUCCGAAAAUGAGAGUGGUGACGCGAACUCUGAUUCGAAUGAAAAUGCUGAUGAAGACAAGGUUACUGAUGAAAAUUCUGAAAACGAAGAAAAUGAUGAAGAUGAUGAUGACAAAUCAGGUGAUGAGCAGGAUGGCUCUCAUGUCGAUGAUGGAGAUGAUGAUGAUGACGAAGGAAAAGCUGAUAACAAUACUCAUGAUGAUGAUUCAGAUGACGAUGACAAUGACGAUGGCAAUUCAGACUAUGAUAGUGAAUCUCCUAUCAUAGGCAACACCGAAGAUAUACCUGAACGAUCACCAGCCCCUCGCUCAUCCCCACCAAAGGAAGACCUAACUCGUGAGUUACCUCUCGCCAUGCUACCUCCUCUUGCAAAUACAGCUCGUGAUGAUAACAUGGAUGCAUCACCACGUGAUGAAAAUCGGGAAGCAUCACCUCAUGCGCCUGACCAAGCACCUGGCAUGGAUUACCUUAGUCCUGAGCACAUCAUGCACCAAAUGCUGAAUACAGUCUUCACUGCUGAACUCAUUCAUAAGCAAUAUCUACAUCACAGAGAAAAAGAUAGCCGGAACAUAGCAGAUCUAUCUGCCAAAGUCGACCGCAUGAUGGAAAUAAUGUCUCGUCCACAACCCAACACAUCAAUUCCAAAUACGCAAUAUAGGCUUGCACACGAACUCAGUCAACAACGAGUUAUCCUUAACAAAAUUACUAAGGAACAACAUGUUCUUAAACAUGCUCACUUCGGUCUCAAAGAACGAGUGGAUCUUGCUUGUACAAAAAUAGAUCUCGGGCAUGACAACAUGUUUCGAAUGGUUGAAUAUCAACUCACUAUGUUUGAAUACAUCAAGGAUGUUCUUAUUGCAGUUCAAAGUCUGACCAGAUUUUCUGACACCCCGUGUGAUGAUGCCAAAAAGGGGGAAAAGGACAGAAAGGAUGAUGACAAGGACGAAGACAAAAACAGAUCUCCCCCCAGAAGAAGCAAUGAAGAACUAACAAGACAAUAA